AUGGAUCAAACAAUUAACACUACCGAGAAUUCUUCCAUUAGUGAGUCUCGAAGGCAAACAUUGUUGCAGAAUGUGUGUUUGGAACUUGUUUAUCUUCUUAAAGAUCAAGAUGUUAAUGGCUAUUUUCUCUAUCCAUUGCCACACUCCAGAUAUUCUGAAUCUUCAUCGCAUUCACUUGGAUUAUUAGAUGUUGAAAAACAAGUCUAUAAGAGAUAUUACAAGAGUUUGUCGGAGUUUCAGGAAGACAUUAUUGGCUUACUCACAGGUGCUGUUCGAUAUUAUCAGGUUGAAUCAAUGGCAUAUAAUGAAGCACAGCGACUAUUAAAUCUGAGCAAUGAUUGGUUUAAUUCAUUGCCUCCAGAAUAUGUUAUUAACUUAAGUCAUCCAGAUGACAAUUCAACGUUGGUUGAAAAAGAUGCACAGACUGAAAGACCCGAUAAUACUGGUGAUAAUGGCCUUAUACCUAAAGAAACCUACUUGAAAAUUUUAAAUCCAGAUAAUAGUGGUAUUAUCAACAAAACAGAGCGGGUUCAAAGUAUUGGAGAUGAGGCAGGUCACUUGUACUCAGGUUCCUUUUUACUACCCACUGGUGGCUAUCGAGAAGAUCGACGCAAUAAAGUCAUACCAUACACAUAUUUGGACUAUGGUCCUUAUUACUCAUUCGCUCCUAUCUACGACAGCGGGGCUUCUCAUUGUACUCCCGAGUCGAACCAGUUGUUACUAGGGACAACUUGGCUUCCAGCUCGUACUCCAUUUAUGCUCGGCAAACGUUCAUUGGAUGGUUUUGAUUCAAACAGUGGUUUGUGUAACAUUGAAAUCACAGAUGAAACAAUAUCUACCGUUUUGGAAAUGGGGGAUCAGCAGUUAGCUGUUUCCCUGGCAGUUGCAGAAAGUGAACAGCGUACAGCUGAACAAAUGUCAUCUGAAUUAGAGGAUAUUAUUCCCGGCCCAGAUGUACCUGAUGAAUUUGUGUUUAGCAUGUGUUUGGCCAAUACAUUUACUCGUGAUCUUAUUAAAAAGGAAGAAGAACGUUGUGAUAUGGAUUCAAAUGACUCGUGUAAUGAAUUCAAAGAGUCGAAGACACUAACCAAUGGAGAAACUUCAGAGGACUGUGUAGGAUCUUCAGUUGCCAGCUGUGAUUUGGAUUCCAUUUCUCAUCAUAAUUUGGCAGAUUCAAACAUUAGUACGUAUUCUGGAGAUCAAAGUUAGUUGGUUUCAUGAUAGUUACAUAUAACUUUGUUUUUUUUAAGUUUUCACCUUUCCAACAUUUCAUGAAGUUAGUUAGUUAUUUGUUGUGAAGAAAUUUAACCGACAUUUUUGUCGGUUCCACUUUGUUUGACCUUUUUCUGAGUUCCUGGAAGGAAUCAUUAACUGUACUGCAAUCAGUGCAUUUGAUAGUUAUAUAUAGAAUUAUAGACUUGUUGUUUGGUGCUACAUUGCUGUGGUCAGCAUUUUAUUUACAAGUUUCCCUUGUGAUUGGACACUAGUAACUAGUGUAAUAUGUGUGUCUAGUCCUUUGUUUGGUGCAGGCUGAAUUCUAUCAGUCAAGUUUGCAAUGUGGCCACCAUUCUAGUUGACUUGCCAUCACGGUACACUUUGAAUUGUUGAUAUUAGAUGGUUAGAGGCAAUCGGUAGGAAGCCUUGGACCUAGGUUUCAUACUAGUUGGCACUCGUCAGCAAGUGAUGUGGUUUCAAAUCUCAGUAGGGACAUGAAUUCCUUCAGGGUUGCAGAUACGCCUUGCUGACUAGUGAGUGCCAACUAACACUAAACCUAUGUCCAAGACUUCCUGCCGAUUGCCUCCAACCAUCUAAUAACAAGUGUCCCUAUAUGUGUACUUCUCACUGGGUGCCCAAUUAGUUUGAAACUAUUUGUUCAAAUCUUGACCACAGUUCAUCAUAUGAAGUGUUCCAAGUCGAUUACAUAAUGUUGUGUGUGAGGAUAACUCAUUUAGAUGUACAGUUUUUGACUUGUACAGGUCUCUCUUUUCCACUUGUCCAAUAAUUCUUAAUUUUGUAAAAUGAUGAUAUAAUGAUAGUGCAAAUUUUUUGUUUUGCUUUUUAUUAAUAGAUAACAUUAAUGAUAUGAGUCAGUUGGAAACAGAAUUAAUAAAAUCUAGUGAAGACUUAAAUGCACUUUACUGUGCACAAUAUUUAAGACUUAGUGAUACAUCUCAAGCUGCAAAUCAUGGUUCAACAAUACAACCAAAUUCAAAAGAAUUAUCCAUUGCACAUAGAUUAACAGAAAGAUUAAUUAAACUAACAAAAUGUGCUCGUCCUCAAGACCUUAUUCAAUUACAUUCAGUAAGAAAAGCAAUGGGUUUAAAUCCUGAUGAUUAUUUCCUACCCGAAGAUUUUAAUUCAACGGAUAACUUAGUUGUUGGUGCUGAAUAAAUUGACUGUUGAAAUGUCGCGAAGUCUUAAUUUUUUGUAUAAUGUAUAUACUCUUUUAUUCUGAAGCUUGUGUUACAUUCCUGUUGUGUACUACUAUUAAGGUUAGCGAGGCUGUCUAUCAGAGUAGAAGCAAUACUUAAAUGUAAAUAAGUAGUGUACUGAUAAGACUAUUGUCCGUCCACAUUUUUGUUUCUUUACCAAAUUUUACUUAUAGUUUUUUUUACACAUUAUGUAUUAUACAUGCUUUUAGCACACCUCAUAUCUUAUCAAUACGAUGUUUUCUAAUAUAUGUAAAUUAUUAUUCAGUUUCUUUUUCUAUGCAUAAAUACAAUUAUAGUUACAUAUUAUAUUUUUUGAUAAGCAUUUACGGCAUGAAAGUUAAGUUCAUGUAACCAUUAUCGUUUAAAGAGAAGAAAAAGGAUUACCAGUGAUUCUCAUUCUACUGAAGUUGAUGUUUUGAGGCACUAACUAAUCCAUGAUGUGAUGAAUUGAAACUUAUUUUGAUUAUUCUUGAAAUCGUUACUAUUUUUUUCCUGAUGUCUGAUGACGACAAGACAUAGUAGAUGGUGACGUCAAGCGAAACGAAAGUAAAUUUAUGGUAUCUAUGACCUUGGGGUUUUGAGCUUGUCUAGGCCUUACAGCGCCCUUGCUAGGCUGUCCUGCUUAAAACCCUAAAAUCCUAUAGUAAACACAGCAUAAGCUAUAUAGACGAUAUGAGCA